CGAUACUCUCAGCUCUCUCCAUCAAAUUGGAUUGUUCCCAACCGUCCGUGUCAUCAGCAGCAUGGACAUCAAGAACAUUAAUGGACCCGGAUCUCCGUGUUCAACAACCUCUGACUCAAAUUACUUCGAUGAUAUUGAGGACAUUGAUGCUUUCCUGUGCAUGUUUGACGAUGUAGAGCUGAAAGAACAGCCGCAUUCAUCUACUGAAGUUGUUAACAGUGACUUCAAGGGUAAACGGAAGGCGAGCAACAACCUCGAUGGAAAGCCUUCCAAAAUACCGAGAAUCUUACAAGAGAAAGUCUCAGCUGCCUUGGAGAAGUUGGCUCCUAUUGUAAUUGCUGACUUGCAUCACUCCCGAGAUAUCAUGGAAGACUUGCCGUAUGGCGUACAGUGGGAGAUUGCACGUCUCGCUACGAAGGGCUUUGAGAAGCAGAUAUUCACCCCAGCUGCCUUGGAGAGGCUCCGUGAUCUGAGGUCGAACGCCGCCGCGGCACCUCAAGUUGAAGAUAUAGCGCGAGGUCGAACGAUACGGGCCACGCAAGAUGAUCCAUAUGCUUCUGCAUAUGCUAUGGAACGAGCAGCAAAGUUACCGUGGGAUGAGCUUGAUACGGAGGAACAAGUCUUCAAACAGGAUCCCUUUGGUGGGCUUGGCUGUAAUGAUGACAAACCGUACCUUCAAGAUAAGCCCGAUUGGUAUGGCGGGAAAGUCCACUUUAUCGCCACGCUUCACCUUGACGGCAAGGAUCAACAACUGGGACCACGCUUUACCUUUUCCUUGGACCCUCCUAGACUUGGAUCAUCAUGCCGAUUCACUCGUCGAUUUGGCUCCUAUCAGUUCAUUAGAGUAAACAUUCCUCAGGAAAUUUACACGAAGCUGCAGAAUCUCCGCUGCACCGAGGAUGAACUAGUCGACUUCUUCACGAGGCCGAUUGUAAUUCAUAGUUGGGUAUUUCGCGCUGUCACUGCAAAGGAAGGAACUGUGUUCCUCUUUCGGACAAGUGAACGCUGGGAUGGACGAGAAAUCGUCACAAAUGGAUCGCGCUCGGACUCAGUCAGAGAGCUUAGUCUACCGCAGUUUCUUUCAUGGCAUAAUGAUCCAUCGGCGAACCAGGAACAAACCAUGGUGAAGUGGGCCGCUCGGUUUGCCCUUGGGCUCUCCAACUCUGUGCCUGGGAUACGGCUGGACCCGAACGAGGUUGGAACCGAGGAUGACAUCGUGUGCCCUGGAUUCAGUGGCGCUGGAAAGGUCCCUAAUGAGAUGAUCAUGACUGACGGUUGUGGGCUUGUCACGUCAAAUGUUCUCAUAUCAGUGCAGAAACGGCUUGGCUGGCCCUCAGAGCCUACAGCGGUGCAAAUGCGACUGGGUGGUGCCAAGGGUCUUUUGCUCCUUGAUGCAAAAUCUUCCGUGCCUUCCGUUGUCCUGCGUCCGUCGCAGAUCAAGAUACAUGGCCCUGUGGCUCAUGAUAGUGCUCCUGACCCCGCGCUACUGAUUAUCGAUGUGCUGAAACCCGGCAGACUCUCAACUCCAGCACGUCUGUCAACCGAGACGAUCAUCAACAUGGCAGAAAAUGGAGUCCCAAGCCACGUAUUCAUACAACUGAUGCAGAACAGCGUGCGCCAGCUGGUCCGUGGACUCACUAUGUGGACUGACCCAUCAUCUGUGUACGAGCUUUGGCGGAAUAUUGCAUCUGCCGGAGGAGUCAUUUCCGCCAGGCUUGCCAGAGAGUCACCGGGCUCUUCACGUGCUAAGGGCUACCGCAAUUUGGAUAAAUCAUCUCCCGAGAUUACUGACAACGAUGCUGAUGAUUUCGAUGAGGCGUCACAAGACCAUUCGACUCCUUGGUGGGGAGACCCAGUGAGCGGAUGUCCAUCGUCGCUCGAGGAAACAACUCUUGUACUAUUGGACGCAGGUUUUACACCAGACAAGUGUCGGAUUCUCGCCGAGAAGCUAAGGGAGGUGACCAAGAAAGCAGUGGACGCAUAUGUGAACAAAUUCCACAUCAGUGUACCCAUGUCAUGUACGGCAUUUGUUGUUCCAGAUCCUUGUGGUGUAUUGGAGCCCGGCCAAGUCCAUAUCAAGAGUUCUUAUAGGAAUUUGACCGACAGAAGUGGUCGACCUACAGAGAUUGUUCUUGGAGAAGUCCUGCUCACACGACAUCCCUGUAAGGUCCCUACAGAUGUGCAAAAGGCAGUUGCUGUAAUGCAUCCUCAACUCUUUUCUUAUGUGGAUGUGAUUGUUGUCUCAACAAAAGGUCACCUCUUCAACAAUGAGACAUUGCAUUGUCAUUUGGCAAGUAUGACUGGUGGUGGUGAUUAUGAUGGUGACCUCAUGGAGGCAUUCUGGGACCCUUCCCUUGUUUCAGCCUUCUCCAACGCACCUCCAGCCUUUGCUCAGGAACCAGAAGCCAUACAGAAGUGCAUUGUGAAAAAUACUGAGACAGUAGAUCAGUUUCUAGCUCGCACAAGCGCUUCUGGGCCUGCAAGUGUACUCUAUGAGCUGCAAAAACAUCUGCUGGCACCAUUGAAGGGCAUAUCAAGAGUUGGUAUAUAUUCCACCAUGUGGGAAGCAUCCAUCUACAAGUAUGGCUACAAACAUCCUCAUACAUUGUUUUUGGCAUAUAUGUUCACUACUGUCCUGGACGGAGUUAAAACUGGCAUAAGCGUAUCUAAUGGUGUCUUUGAGGAACACCAGAAGGUGUAUUCAUGUGCUUCACUCCCUUGGAAGGAUAGCAUUGUCACUAGAGCGAUAUUCGCAAACUCUGGACAUGCCAAGCGGAAUAUGGGCCUUCCCCCAUUCGUCAUGGAUGAACUACAUGCCGCAGUCCACAGGGAAUAUGAGAAGCAAAAAGAGUACAUUUUUACCUUGUUCCCCAGAAAGGGGUUUGGGCCAUCACCGGAAUUCGAUCAUGACCUAGCUCGUCCAUGGAACGAUGCCAGGGAGCUUGCACGGCAGGCCAAGGAGGGAAAAGCAGACGGCUGGCAGAGGAAACAGAAGGAACUUGACGCAAUCAAGGCUCAUGUUGAAGCCCCAGCAGCUAGCCAGAAGGGUAAAGCGAAGGAAACUGAGGUCACCUUCACUGGUCUGCCAAUCGACAAGAGACAAGAUAUUCUGCGUGACUUCUCCAUCCGCUUCGAUCAAGGCCCUACAUCGACAGCGGAUGGGCAGCCUAUCUUCGACUUCGACAAGGAAACGAUACGGCGGUUGCGGGCAUCAUACGCAUACAUAUACGAUUACAACCGAUCCAGCGAUCAUUGGUCGCAAUUUCCGUUCAAUGUCGCCAUGCGCACGUUAUGCGAGAUUAAGGCAAAGGCGCACGGUCCAAGCAAGACCGUCACGGAGGAUUUCUACAUACGCAUGAAGGUUGGCAGAGCAUAUGCUCGCAAGUAGACAGGGUUGCUAAACCGCCAACUUUGUGUACGAUAUUGGAUGUCCGAGUAAUUGGAGCGAGAC